AUGUCGUCCACCCUCGUGAUUUCUUACGAUCUGCACCCUCCACAGGGUACCGAAGUGCACGGUUUUAAUGCAUCUACUAAGCAUCGCAUUGAAGUCACGGCUGAUAGGCCGGGAUACCCAAGUUACUACGAGGCGCUGAGAGUGGUGCUCAAAGAGGCGAGGAGAAAAACAGGCGAAGAGCUCACAUUAUGGAAAGAUGCGGUAGGGAAGGGAGAAGAUACGAAGGAGGCUGCAGCACCUAAGAAAAUGGCGGACGAGGAGGAAGAAGAGGAAGCGGAGUAA